UACACAGAAAGAACAGGGAGCAUGGCGUCGGAGGUGGUGGGAUGGUCGACAUAUUUUCUCUCUCCCUCUCUCGUCACAGCUCUCUGUCCCCCCCGGAGUCCGGUAUUUUCCCCCUUUCCCUUCUCACAUUUCUAGCAAUUUCUCCUGUGAGAUUAAUGAGAGGGAAAGAUGCAGAGAUGAGCUUUGGGAGGAGGAGUAUUUCUCCUGCCCAGACAAGAACGAGAUAGAGGGAUAAAAGAAAGAUAAGGAGAAGAAGAGAAGAAAAGAGACAGAGGGAGAGGCAGCACGUGAGAGAGGAAGAGAGAGCUGCAAUUUUUAGAGAGACCCAAGAGAGAAGUCAGAAGUGUGACUUUUGGAGCGGGUUACCGCCUACCGGUGCUUGAAGCUAGGUGGCGCCAUAGGCGGAGGAACAACCCACGCUAGCGUUUUCGAGUUCAAGAUGUGUGGCGGUUAGCACCAGCAGAGACAGAGACAGAGAGAAGAUGCCGUGCCUGAACAUCUCGACGAACGUGAGCCUCGAGGGCGUCGACACCUCCUCCAUCCUUUCCGAAGCCACCUCCACCGUCGCGAAGCUCAUCGGCAAACCUGAAGCCUAUGUGAUGAUUGUGUUGAAGGGAUCAAUACCCAUCUCAUUUGGUGGGACUGAGCAGCCAGCCGCCUAUGCUGAGUUGGUGUCCAUUGGUGGCCUGAACCCUGACACAAACAAGAAGCUGAGUGGUGCAAUUGCCACAAUUCUUGAAAGCAAGUUGUCGGUGCCAAAGUCGAGAUUCUUCCUCAAAUUCUAUGACACUAAGGGUUCCAACUUUGGAUGGAAUGGAACGACCUUCUAAAUUUUGUGGGAAUUAUAAGAUGGUGUCGUGAUCCGUAAUAAACUUGAUGCUACUUAUAUAUAUAUAUUCAGGCCAUCUUAUAUCCAUCCUGUUAUUUGGUAUCAAAAGUACUUUUGUAAUGCUGGGAAGGACAUAUGAUUUCCUCACUAUGUGCUCUUUGUGUUAGGAAAUGUGGAACACAUGUCGAUCUUAUAUGCUACCUUAAGAAAACUUUUAUUUUGUGCA